AAUGGCCGAAUCUGCCCCAUCUGAAGAUAAAACUAAAGAGAAUCCACCUGCGCCUGUAGAGGAGAAGAAGAAGAAGAAAAAGAAAAAGAAGGAAGAGCCCAAAGAAGAAGCUGUAAAACCGGAUUCAACUGCUGACAAGGCGAAUGAUGAUAAUACAGAGGAGCCAAGCAAAGAAGAAACUAAAAAAAAGAAAAAAAAGAAGAAAGAAGAUCCUCCCCCAGUAGAUGAACAAGGUAAUGAGGAUUCGAUAGAGAAACCAGAAGAGAAAAAAAAGAAGAAGAAAAAGAAAGAAGCACCCCCAUCAGUCGAUGAAAAUAAGGAAGCUGAUAAAGAGCAACCAGUGGAGGAAAAAAAGAAAAAGAAGAAGAAGAAGAAAGAAGAGCCCACAGAAGAACCCAAUGUUAAACCAGGCGAAGAGGCCAAAGGUGACACAGCUGACGAUAAACAAGACGAAAAGCCAAAAGAACCACCAGCAGAGGAAAAAGAAAAGAAAAAGAAGAAAAAGAAGCCUAAAGAAGAGACUUCAGCUCCGAUUGAGUCAACAGAAGCUGUAGAACCGCAGCAAAAAGAAGAUGCUAAGCAGGAACCUGAGCCGAAGGAAGAGUCUAACGAAGAACCAAAAGCUGAACCUAAGCCUGAAGAAAAAGAGAAAAUAGAAGAGAAGAAAGAAGAUGAAAUGCAAAAAUCUGACGAAACACCCAUCCAGGAGGAGGAAAAGAAAGAGAAACCCAAAGAAGAGACCCCUACUCCUGAAGAGACUCAGAAAGAACCAACAGAAGCGGUAGAAUCGCAACAAAUAUCUAAUCCUGCGAAUUUGAAUGAUGAUAAUGAGUCAAAACAAGAAGGAAAUGCUGCUGACGAGGAAAGUAAGAAAGAGAGGACCAGCAAGGAAGAAAAUAGAGAGGAAAGUCAAGCAGAAGAAAUAUCGACUAAAUCACCAAUCAAUGGUACAACCGAACCGGACACACUAACUUCUAAUGAAGUGAACAACUUGAAAUCGGAAUCGAAUCUUGACUUUGAUCCUAACUUGAUAUUGUCUUCGAAUAUCUCUGGAGAAGAAUCGAUUGAACAAGCUUUAAGGGGUAUGGAAGUGGACUUAAAUAGCGGUAACAUGCAAUAUGCGACCACAGAUGAUAAAGUACAGAAGCUUUUAACAAUCGCCAAGAUGCUACGUGAAAUUAAUAGUGGAUUGGAAUUAACUUCUGAAGAUAUCAUCGACCAGAAUGUCAUAUUGCAGGACCUGGAAAACAAGAUGGAAAGCGUGCAGAAAAUAUUUAGUUCUAGUCAGAUGAUUUGGAAAAUUGACGGUUUCCGGAAGAAGUAUAUAUCGUCCGCCAAAGGCGAGAACACAAUACUUUACAGUCCUGCUUUUCUGACACAUAAUAACGGAUAUAAGAUGUCGUUGAGCCUCUGCCCCUGUGGUGAUGGAAGAGCUCUGGGAACACAUAUGAGUAUCUUUUUCUGCAUCAUGAAAGGAUCUCAUGACUCCUUGCUACCGUGGCCCUACAAAUUUCCAUUACAAUUUAUACUGAUAGAUCAGUCGGACAACGAACAAAAGGAACAUAUCACAGCAACAUUCUCUCCCAAUCCGAGUCAGGAGAAUCUCACUUUUCUUGGACGACCAGAAAAUUUUCGCAAUCCAAGUUUAGGAAUACCAAGAUUCGCCGAAAUUAAUGAAGUAUGGGAGAAAGAUUACAUAAAGGAUGAUACUAUAUUCAUCAAGGUGAAAAUCAACACUAACGAAGUGCCUGCUCUGUAA